GGAGAGUACGAGGUUCCGGUUUGUAAUUCGCCACGAACGUGGAAUAUUAGCGGCCAGUUAGGGAGUGCUAUAGGAUAAUAUUAACAAAAACGAUUGAUGUAAUAGUAUAUGUUACAUAUAUAAUAUACUUGUAACGUUAAUGUAAAACUCAUUUAGCCAUGGGGUUUAAACAGUUUAGGUACAUCCGACGCGUGGGCGGAUCGUCGCGGUAUUGUUGUGUCCCGUUGUGUAGAGCUUCCCAAAGGUUCAACUCCGUGCUGAGUUUUCACGCUUUCCCCACGAACAAGGAAAAUCGCAUGAAGUGGCUUCGCAACAUCAGACGUGCGAUUGCAAACAUCACCCCGGAGUUUAGAGUCUGUGGUCGUCAUUUUGAGAGCGAUGAUUUUACCAAGUCAUUUACCAAAGCGGGACGUCGGAUAAUAAGGAAGGGGGCUGUGCCCACUCUGUUCCAGUGGAACAACUACACAGGAGGUGACGUCCCCUCUUCAGUGGAUAAUGAUUCUGGGCAUAUGACCCUGCAGCAGCUGGAGCAUAACUACUGUUUAGUUUUCAAACCCGUGCCAACUGAUCUUGCUCUAAAACAGAAAGAAGCUCCCUGUAAAGUGGAAGAGUUGUCUGUCGAUGAGCAUUUAUGUUUGGGCAGGUUUGCUGCAUCUGAUGAUGACAUUCGACACUACACUAGAUUCUUGUCUUACAAACAUUUGAUGGCCUUUUGGAGACUUAUCGAACCUGAAACCAACAAGAUUCGUGUGACCAGAGUAUUGCCCAGUGUAGUCAGAGGACCAAGCAAUGAAACGAGUCGGUCAUUGCAGCGCAUCGAUGAGUUCUUCCUCUUCAUGGUCUACCUUUCAGUCGGACUUUCGCUGAGCGAUCUGGCCCACAGAUUUAACAUCCAUCAGUACAUGGUGAUCAAAAUUAUAAGAGCCUGGGCCAGUUUUCUGCACAGCAUUCUUGGUUCAGUGCACAUCUGGAUGUCUGAAGAGGCGGUUAAAGCUCACCUACCCAAAGAGUUUCAAGACUACCCAGACACGCAAGUGGUCAUUGACUGCGCAGAGCUGCGUUGUGAAGUGCCAUCCGGUCUCCCAAUUAAAAGUGAAGAGUGCUCCUCAUACAAGGCCUAUUGCACCUUCAAGGGCUUAAUCGGUAUGGCACCACAUGGUGCAGUCACUUAUGUGUCGUCCCUAUAUGCAGGAUCUAUCAGCGAUAAGGAGCUUUUGAAGCGGUCUGGACUUUUCUCUCUGCUGAAACCUGGAAUGGCCAUUAUGGUGGAUAAAGGCUUUCCUGUGGAUGAGAGUGUGCCUUGCAAAGUCUACAGUCCAUUCUGCUUUUUAAAGAGGGAAAAUAUGUCAGCUGAUGAGGUGAGGGAGUCAGAAUCCGUCUCUUCUCUUAGGGUCCAUGUGGAGAGUCGCAUCCAUAGGGUGAAACAGCACAAGCUGUUUGACACUGUUAUCUCUUCUUCUAUCACGGCGAAUAUCAACCAGCUGUACACGGUUGCAUGCCUUCUUGUAAAUUACCAGAAUGGCCCUUUGGUUAAAGUAGAGGCUAAGGAUUAGGAUGGAUUCAUUGUUAAAAAGUGUAAAUAUAAAUACCUUUGAUACUUCUUGAUGUAAACAAACCUCUUUGAACUGUGAUAAUGUUACUCGUGGCUUACAGAAUGCCUAAAGGGUUGCAUAUUGCACACGCAUUAUUUGCAGAAAUGUACACACCUCACACGAAGUUGCUGAAUAAGUUGCACUACUCAUUGCAUUGCUUAUGGUUUAUAUACUGUAUACAGUAUAACUGUUCCUUUGUACAUACUGUUGAAUAUGUGUAUUUACUGUAGAUAUGUAAAUGGUCUAUAAACUGUGUUAGCCUACAAUGUGGUGCUACUGUAGCACUAAACAUUUGUCACUGAAUCUUAUUCGUUGUAUAUUUUGAAACCAGAUUACCUGAGAUAAGAAACAAUGUAUUGUUAAUUUAAGGUUUUCUGUAAAAGAUUUAUCCCUUUAAUUAAAUGUAUACAUUAUGAACGGUGUCAUAUAUAAUUCUGUGUUUAUUCAGGCUAUAUAGGGCUAUACAUAUAGGAAUGUAAUGCAUUAUGAUUUUAACAACAAAACAUAAAAGUAAUGAAACAGUAUGAUACAUGAGCAGUCAUCAACUAUACCCUAACCCUUCAGUAAAGUUUCUUCACUUUUAAAUGUCCACUAUCCUUACAAGACCUAGCUUAAGCAAAUCAAUGAGGCAUGUCUAUAUUAUAAAAAAUUAGAAUUUAAUAGAUAAUCAUUCAAUAACUCAGACCUAACCAUUGACAAAUAGCAUUGACAAAUUAUUAACAUUAAAAGUAUUCCUCACUAUUAUUAUAAUUAGCUUGGUUUUGUUUUAUGUUUGUGUUCUAAAUUACCUGUAUAGCAUUGAACAUGCUAUAUUUCAAACAAAUUUGAUAUAAAUGUAAUAUUUCUCUCAUCUUUUUGUAGAGCAUCAAGUCCUAAAUUCAGAACAUGAAAAACAAGAAAUUACAAAUUAGGUUUAAAUCUUUCCUGUAAUGUUUAGAUUAGAAACUUAAGUAGCAAGGCACAUAAUGGGAAUGCCAAGUCCCUUACUAGGGCAUUAACAAAAAUAAAAAUCAAACAUUUUUACAAAAGGCCACAGAUACAUAAAAUAUUAAAACUAAGCUUGCAAUGCAAACAAAGCAUUGCAAAACUAAAACAAUAAAAAAACUAAAAGUACAAAUUUGUGUGAGACCAACAUUUACAUCUAUAUAAUGUACACUCAACUAAUGCACUUUGUAUCUGACAAAUCUACAAAUAUGAAUCUAUAAAAAACAAAGGACAUACAAACGUGAUAUUAACUAUGCACAGUAUAUGAUAUAAUUGUUCAAUAAUUCUAUCCUAGUGUAUUUAUAUUGAAAUAUAUUUAUGAAAAAUAUACUUGUGAACAAGAAUAUACUUGUGAAAGAGACACAAUGAAAUCUACACAUAAUCUGUUCAACAAGAAAGUUUUACAUGAUAGAAAAAAACACAAAAGCAUUAAAUCAUUAUACCAACACAACACAAUCCCUGAGAUGCAUUUAAGUAUUAAUUAAUUAAAAGCAAGGUGCCAUUUGAGAGAGAAUACCUUUCAGCACAGUUUAAGCUAAAAAAAAAAAACC